CGUCGAGUCAGUGUAGCUGCCAGAGCUUUGUGGAACAGACUGUGCGGUGCGCAAUUCCCGAGAACGAAGCAGCAGCAGCAGCAGGACUAAAGACGGCCUGGAAAAAUGGACUCCCGCGGCACUACCUAAGUACGCGGCAGCAGCAGGAGCAGCCAUGAUCACAGCUGAAUCGUCAGGAGUAGCCGCAGGCGCGAGUAGCUGCGCAGUCGCCGUUGACGAGCGGUGACGGUUCGGCUGAGAAGAGCAUCAUAGCAGCUCUGUCGUCGCAUAGCGCCGCCAAUCUGCAUCGGCCAUGGACGUGCAGAAGAAGUUCCUGUGUCCCCGGCUGGUCGACUAUCUGGCCAUCGUGGGGGCCAGGCAACCACCACCGUCCUCCAGACAAUCUAUUCAGGUGCCGGAGCUGCUGCGCAGAUACCCGGUCGAGGAUCACAAGGACUUCCCACUGCCUCCGGACAUGGUAUACUUUUGCCAGCCGGAGGGAUGCAGCAGCGUCGGCCCGAAGCGCACGGCGCUGCGAGACUCGACCUCUUUCACCUUUACCCUCACCGACAAGGACUCUGGUAAGACUCGCUACGGGAUAUGCGUGAACUUCUAUCGACCCGUCGAGCGAACCGGAGGAAAUGGCGCAGCUGGAAUUGGCUUCCGACGGGACAAGCAGAACACGAACUUUCGCAGGGAGAGCUGGCGCAAGAGCAUGGAGAAGAGCUCGGACUCGGCGUUUUCCAGCGACUACAGAAGCAGCGCGCUGGGCCCCAGCGACUCGGAAAAGGACUGCCCGAGCAGUCGUCGCGACUCGGACACACCGCACGGCGUGGCCUCGGGGCUAGCGAGCCACGCCCCGCGUCUGGGCAUCACUGCGCCAAGCGCCGAUAGCGAGAGCGGAGGCAGUCACUCGCCCUCGCCGAGGGCCUCCCGCAGACGACAGAGGAUACGAAAUCACUCGCUGACGUCCCUUUGUAUAAUAUCCCACCACCCGUUCUUUUCCACCUUCCGCGAAUGCCUUUUCGUCCUGAAGAGACUCAUCGACGCAUGCAACGAAAGCACCCUUCCGCAAAAGGUCGGCGCCUCUCGACAGCACAGGGACAACAACGUGUGGUCGGUCUUGAGCGGCCAGACGUUCGAGGGCGCCUCGUCGAUCGUCCUGCACGACGUGCGCGAGAUCGAGACCUGGAUCCUGCGACUGCUGAGCGCACCCGUGCCGGUGCCCUCCAAGACACGCGUCGAGGUCGAGAUACUCUCGCCGAGUUUACAGCCGCCUCUGUGCUUCGCUCUGCCGGAUCACACGAGGUUCUCCCUCGUCGAUUUUCCCCUGCACCUGCCCCUCGAGCUCCUCGGCGUCGACAUGUGCCUCAAGGUUCUCACCCUCAUCCUGCUCGAGCAUAAGAUCCUUCUGCAAUCCCGAGACUACAACGCACUGUCGAUGUCGGUGAUGGCGUUCGUGACGAUGAUCUACCCCCUGGAGUACAUGUUCCCGGCGAUUCCGCUGCUCCCGACCUGCAUGAGCUGCGCCGAGCAGUUGCUGCUCGCCCCGACGCCUUUCGUCAUCGGCAUUCCCGCCUCGUUCCUCCUCUACAAGAAGAACUUCCGCAUACCCGACGACAUCUGGCUCGUCGAUCUCGACAGCAACAAGAUCAGCCCACCCACGGGCCACGGCUGCGAUAUUCUGCCGCCUCUACCCGAGCCCGAAGUCUCCAUACUCAAGAAUCAUCUGACCCAGGCAAUGCAACUGAUGGAUCAGGCAGGCACUGGUGCGAUGGGGAGCAUGUCGAUACCGCAGCCUCACCUCGCGACGCCGUCGAACGCCGGCUCGCAGCUUCACUCGCCGCAGAGCAGGAGGGAGAGCACCGCGUCCCAUCAUUCGACUUUGAGCGUGUCGUCGGCGAAGCACCGGCCGAGCCUGGACCACACGGCAGUGGGUCACAGUCCUCUGAACUCCCCGGGCACCCAGUCACCCCGUCGGCCCUCCCUCGCGAUCUCGCAGAUGGGCUCGGCGCCGCCCUCGCAAAAGGGCUCGCCCCAGUCCAACAAUCCCGGCGUCUUCAACCCCUUCAUCUACGGGAACGACGUCGACUCUGUCGACGUGGCGACGAGGGUCGCCAUGGUGCGGUUCUUCAACUCCCAGAACCUCCUGGCCAACUUCACCGAGCACACGAGGACGCUGCGGCUCUACCCCCGACCGGUCGUCGCCUUCCAGAUCAACUCGUUCCUGCGCUCGAGGCCGCGCACCAGCCAGUUCCUCGACAGGUUCGCCAGGACGCAGGCCGUCGAGUUCCUGGCCGAGUGGUCCCUCACGCCGAGCAACGUCGCCUUCCUCCGGGUCCAGACCGGGGUGUACGACCCCGCGCAGAUCGGAGACAAGGCCAAGUGGUUCGCGCCCUCACUCGAGCCCAUCAACUUUCCCGUCUGGGACAACGGGAGCUCGCUGGCGAACGCCCUCAAAGCCAUGCAGGAGAUGGAGAGCCAGCCGACGGACGAGAGCGGCUCGGACUCCGAGGACGCCGAGAGCACCAGCUCGUCCUACUCGUCGCUGAGCGACUUUGUGUCGGAGAUGGCCAGUUCCGAUCUGUCGCCCUUGACGCAUCCGCCGCCGAUGUCGCUGUCGAUCGACGCGAAGAACAUCUACAACCCUCCGAGCUCCCUGCAGUACCCCGGCGUCGAGGAGGAGUCGCAAGCUCGCGCGGAGAGUCCGCCCAGCACCUCGUCGAGUCACAGCGACCUGAGCAGUCCGAGCUUCAACCGGGACUCGGAGGUCGAGUUGGCCGCCAAGCUCGCGGAAAAUUCGCAAACCGCCAAGAGCGACAACGAUAAGACGGAAGGUGGUAGUUUCGAGUCAGACUCGGCCUCGACGACCACGACACCUCGCACGAUCCUCAGCGCACAUAACGCUUCUUUAGGCCAGCUCGGAAUCGCGGGCCAUCACAUUGUCGAGACGGAGCGACCCUCCACUUCCCGGACCUCGCGCCUCUCUAGAUCUAUCACUCCAGUGCCGCCGAUAAGCCCGACGUGCCUGCAGCGCCAGCCGAGCGUGGGCAACGUGUUGGCGCGCACCUCGAGCUUCAGCUCGCACCAGGUGAGCCCGUUGCUGGCCAGACAGGCCUCGGAAGCCGCGGCGGCAGCUCGCGUCUGUACGCAGCGACAGCAGUCGUCGCCCACGGUGCCGAUACGCCAGAACAGCGGCGGAAGCAGCGGCAGCGGCUCGGGCACGGGCAACGGGGUGCUCAGGCAAGGCUCGCAGGGCUCGCUAUUCGAGCAGCUGGCCAGCCAGGCGAAGGACCUAGUUAGAGAGACUACGAGGCAGAGCAGUCAGGACGGCAUUCUCGCUCAUAUGGAUAAGCUGAAGCACCACGCGAAGGAAAAGAUUUCGGAAGCCGGGGAGGACAGCCUAUUCGCUCCGCUCGAACAACUAACACAGCAAACGAAGAAGGCCAUGGGGGAGGCGAGCAAAUCGGUGCAAGAGGCUUCCAAGACAGCCCUCGAGGCAAGCAAAACGGCAGCUGGAGUCAGCAAGAACACCCUGGACGACCUGACCUACGUCGGCAAGAGCACCUUCGGCGACCUGACCAAGAGUGCCAAGGAAGCAGCUGCGAAGAAAGGACUGCUCAAGAGUCUGGGAGACUCGCAGCAAUCGCCACCUCACUCGCCUCCAAGCGGAAUGCUUCAGCGCAAGGAUUCGGGAUCACAGCUGGUGACGCCGGACGCCAGGACAGGAAGACGAGAGAUCGGUCGCGACUUCUUCAGCAACAUCAGCAGCGACCUCAACGGUAUCGCCGAGCAGACCAGCAGCAUGUUCAGCGGAUUUUUUGGCAGUAAGAACAAUGCCAAUAAAAAUGCUACUGUACUCCCACAAUCGCAAAAGUCCAAAGAAAAGUCACAGCUUUUCGGGCCUUUCUCCAAAGGAAGAACGAGUCUCGUGGAGCGCACCUCCCUGAUAAAGCACUCGUCGAACAAGGCCAAUCAGGAGGAACUCAGGAGACAGCAGAACGCCGACAGGACGAACACGAAUACGGACAAUCAAGCCUUCUUGACGGAUGUGAUAAACCAAGUUAUGGCAGGCGAAGGCGUCGGCUGGUUGAAAUUCAACAGGCUGAAGAAGCUCAUGGAGGAUGAAAGCUAUCGAGACUUCAUGGUGACCAAACUCAACAAGGGCUUGAACCGGAAGAUAAGCCCCGACGACCACAUCGACGAUGUGUGCAUCACGAAGCCCGUUUACAAGGGCAUGCUAAAGUGCCUUCAGGCAGCGGCGCACGGUCUGGACGUCACCUACUGGAAUUUCGGUCUCGGAGGCCUGGCUUCCGUGUUCCAAAUGAUGGAGAUUGCCCACACGCACUACUGGAGCAAGGACCUGUCGGAGAGUGGCUUCGACAGUUCACUCAUGUCUCAGGCGUCCAGUCCGUUCGGCAGCCGCGAGAACCUGGCGUCCCCGCAGUCUCCCAACCAUCCCGCCUACGACCCAUCCCAGAAGUCCUACUCGCAGGAACCGCCUCAGGUCCGACUGGAGCGUCCUCAGUCCCAGACCAGCAGCGACGACAAUCAGUCGACGACCGAGAUGUUCCUGGACAUGUUCACCAUGAAGAACAAGAAGUUCCUGCUGAGCAAGCUCACGUCCUUUGACUCCGACUCGAAGAGCGGAAACGCGGCGGGUAGCAACGAGGCCUUAUCGACCGACGGCGGAAGCAUCACGACCAAUCCGGCCUUCCGGGGGACGCACCAGGCGUCCUUCCGCAGCACCGUCUCCGACAGCGAAGUCGAGCAGGGCAACUUUCCGCGUCAGAAGCAACGCACAGCGAGCGUCUGGUCGAGCAGCAGGUCGUCUCUGGGCAAGUUCAGCGCGGCGGGCAACGUUUUUAUACCCUCGACCACGAGUCCAAGUCCCGAAAUGGCGAGAACAUAUCUCUUCGUGGGUCUGCUGGGCAAAGAGCGCUCGUUGCUCUGGGAUCAGAUGCAGUUCUGGGAGGACGCGUUCUUGGACGCCGUGUCCCAGGAACGCGACAUGAUCGGCAUGGAUCAGGGACCCGGUGAAAUGAUGGAAAGGUAUAAGAGUCUAAGCGACAGCGAAAGACGAAGGCUGGAACACGACGAGGACAGGCUUCUUUGUACGUUACUGCACAAUCUCACGGCGAUACUGGUCAUGUUGAACGUGGAGAAGAAAGACGUGGGGCAGAAGGUCCGUCGACUGCUGGGAAAGAGCCACAUCGGCCUCAUCUACAGCCAGGAGCUCAAUCAACUCCUCGAUCAAAUCAAAGACCUCCAAGGAAACGACAUAGACCUGAAGCCCCUGACGUCACGUCAGAUGCACAGGCAGUCGUUCACGGUACACGCUGGCACGAACGCCGAGGGUGACCUGCGCUUCCUGGAGGUGCGUCACGACGGUCUGGUGCUGCGUUCGGUAAACGGCGUCAUCGUCGAGCGCUGGUGGUACGAGCGACUCGUCAACAUGACCUACAGCCCCCAGACCAAGGUGCUCUGCCUCUGGAGGAGAAACGGUGGCCAGACGCAGCUGCACAAGUAUUAUACCAAAAAGUGCAAAGACCUAUAUUACUGUAUAAAAGACGCGAUGGAGAAGGCCGCGGCACGAGGUCGCGGUGCCAACAUGGACGUCGAGCUCGGCGGCGAGUUUCCCGUCCAGGACAUGGUCACCAAUCAGGGCGGCCUCCUGCAGGUCUGCAUGGAGGGCAUCGGUCUUCUCUUCGCCAAUAGCAAGGAUUUCGAGUUUUUUGUAAGACUCGAGCAUAUCCGCAAGUGCUUUACUCAGAAGGGUGGAAUCUUCGUUUUGGAAGAGUUCAAUCCUAAGACUAGACAAAUAAUUCAACGUAAAUAUAAGUCCCAAAUGGCGGAUCAAAUUUGCUACUCCGUGCUCUGUCUCUUCUCUUACGUGGCUACGGGCUCGGAGCAUCAAUCCAAGCACCAUCACCCGCAGCAGCAUCAUCAGCAGCAGCAACUGCAUCCGCAACAGCAGCAGCAGCAGCAUCAGCACUCUACGAGUCCGAGGCCGUCGAGCGUUGGCUUGGCAGCGCAACACCAUCCCCUGUAUCCCCAUCAGCAGCAGCAUCAGCAUCAGCAACAGAUGCAGCUACCGACGCGUCGGGGCUCACAAGUCGACUCGCUGACCCACCGACAUCACUGACACAGAGGCAGGCACUCUUUGCCCCUCGUGCACAAUUACGAGGGAUGCGCACCUUACGCUUGUUUACCUUGGGUGUGAUAUAAUAUUGCAGCUUCCGCGAGAGGAUGAUUAUAAUUAUUGUAAACUAUAAUGUAUAACCCAGUCUUAUAUAUGUAUAUAUAUAUAUAUAUAUAUAUAUAUAUAUCCGCUGCACCCAAGAAAUGCACUCGUUUCUCGACGUGUUCGCGCGAUUUUUACGUUUCACCUUGUUGGACUCGUCCGUUUUGUUGCAAAAUUUACUUCUCAAGCUUCAUUUGAAGGUUGAAGGUGUGAAGAAUAAAUGAUAAACAUAUAAAAUACGCAAAGAAAUAUUGAAUCUGAACCACUUUGAUCCAACUUUAGAUUUUAUUGCUUCAUCAGCUUUUGUAGUAUUGCGUUUGAUUGAAUCGUGGUUGACCCUUUAAUCAAUAAUUACAUGUUAAAAUUAUUAUGUAUGAAGGCAAUUAAGAACCUAUAGACUGUCAUAAUUAAAAUUUAAGUAUAUGCAUUAUAAUUAUAUCUCAAUUACUAUUGUAGUAGAAGAACAAGAACAAACCCUGUAGUAUAUCGCGCGCAUCAUACACGAUGUAAAAAAUUAUCUAAGAGCAAUGUUACUUUAAAAGAUUAUUCUUGGAUAGAGAACUAUUGAAUCAAGAGUCAUUCAUAAAUGACUAAAAUGACAACGGAAAAUAGGGAUAUAAGCGCGGCUCUUGCUUCAUUCGUUCCGUAAAACAUUUAUGUCACAUAAUCCUAUCUAUAUAGGGGCAGUGCAAAUGUUAAUAAUCCGCAUAUCAGUUGUCGCCAAGCGUCCAGCUGAAUUCGCACGUCGUGUACGGCAUCGAAAAAUUACGCGAGAUUUGGAAAGAAUUGACACGCACUCAUGUGCAUACGCGCUUAGAAGAAAUCGAUGCAUAAAAACUUUUCGUUAUCCUUAUAUGAUAUAACUUUCAUUCGAAUGGAAUAAUAAAUUUACGUAAGAUGUAGUUCAAACAUAAGCCGAGACAAUACAACUUUGAUAGAAGCGAUUUUUGGUGAAACUAAAAGAUAACAACGUUUCUUUUUUCACGCGCAUGAUUCUUUCAGAAGGAGUUGCAGAUCAUGUUCAUGCCGUAAAACGGAAAAUUGUGCACAAAAAAAUUAGAUUAACUAAAAGAAGAAAAAAACAAAAGAAAAAAAUGUUUGCGCUAUAUCUGUAUAUUAUAAAAAGAAACAAAAUUAUAAGUAAUAGCGACCAGAUGGCAAUUCUUCAUUGAAUAUAAUUAUUAUACGUUUGCUUGUUGUGUCUGGAAAUGGAAAAGGCGACAUUUGAUUAACAAAAUAUAAUAUAUAUAUAUAUAUAUAUAUAUAUAUAUAUAUAUAUACGUUUUGUUUUAUCGUUUACAGAAAUAGACAAUGAGGUGUAGAAGAUUGAGGUUUCUGAAUACGUCGACUUUGGUAUAUAUAAUUUAUACCCACAUUGCUAUUAUAUACAAAUAUAUAAAAUUCUUUUGAAUACGUCAUUCAAAAAUUUUUAUGUUUACUUGUGUGUCGUUUAUUUUAUAGAAAAAAAUAUAAAAUGUUGUGUAAAUAUAUAGCUAGUAUCGAUCAGCUUAGUAAAAGAUAAAAGCGUCGUUUGAGCAGUGGAAAAAGUCUUAAAACGAAGAGACCAAAGCAAUACCGUGGAACACGUUAGCUUUAUAUGUGUGACUAUUACUUGACUUUAUUGUUUCCAUUGUUGGACUGACCGUUUCGAAUUGCUUCUCUUGUUUAAUUUCAACAAUAAACAGAUACAUAGUAUAUAUUUUUGUUCAAAAUUAACAAAUUUUAACACGUUGGAUUAAAUGAUAUAUAUAUAUAUAUAUAUAUACAUUCCAUGAUCAUCAACUGUUUGAGGAACGGGAGAGGCCACCAAAAGUUGAAGAAAUUCGGAAGCAAAGUCCAAUAUAUGGCGUAUUUAUAUGCAUCCACGUAUUUGUAAAAAGAAAAAGAAGGAAAAGAAAAUUAACAGAGCAUCCUGAAUAACUAGAAUGUUUGUAAAUAUGUAUAUUUUUAGAAAGGUGCAUACACACUCGCGUUCCAGAACUUAUUCGUGCGUUGAUUGUUCGAUUCCUAAUGCAAAUAAAAUUCAUAUCCCCAGAGUGAGAGACCAAGAAUCCUAAUGUGUACGAUAUAUCAUUACGCUACUGGGAUCGAAAGUCAUAGAAAAAUAGAAAAAUACAGAAAUAUGCCUACAUGUC